GGCUGCGGCUCUGAUGAGACCCUUGGCCUGAAAACUUCCAUAUGCUGCAAAUCUGCCCCCCACCCAAGAAAAAAGUACAUUACUUAACAGUAAAUGUAAAUUUAGGAAAACAAUCGCAAAGACAGAUCUUUUUAAUAAUUUUUUAACUACUGUAACACUUUCAUAAAACUUCUGGACUCAUUUCUAAGAAGUGCCGUGAUUCUGAAACAGUAAUAUCCUGAAUAUGAAAAAGUUUCAGUGAAAAACAACCUUUGAGAAAACGCCAGGAAGAAGAUCUGAGAGUGAAAAGGGCCAGUAAGAAAGACAUUAUUUACUUAUUUACAGGUUUACCUCGGUCAACAUAAGAAACCCGAUACAGCUUUGCCUUUGAGAACGCUGUAUUAAGUGCAGUAAAAGCUGGAUUUCAUUCGUACGGACCCCAGAACCAGCUACCUUUCUUCUUCACCUAGAGAGACGACACACCCUGAGCUCCGGCUCUCCCGACCGUGACCACUCUGUGCAGAGCAACCUGAGCACCAUUUUCUUUUCUGGCAGUGCGGUAAAGCCGGGUGGUUUUGCAAGAGGAAAAACCACACCGCAUCUCUGUUACACAGUCCUAUUCUGGCCUGGCCUUCGAGGCUUUCACACUCCCUUCUGAAGCACCAGUUGUUGUUAUUGAGAUUUAUCUUACCUGAGUCUGUUCUUCUUGUGGACACAUCUCACUUUUGUGUCUGUCUUCCUCUUGUGUCUUUCCUGUAUUCAGUUACGGAGAGUGUGCAAGCGUGUCUGUUAUUCCUGACUGGCGCUGCUGUAUCUGCCAAGGGAGAGAAGACCUGUUCAGAAGGGGGUUCUGAAGACUGAUCAUCCACAUCUUGCAGGAGAAGCUGCUGGACAGGACUUUGGCAGUGGCUACUUUCUGAGUUCCUAAGACAUUUACCUCCGGACUAGCACUUCUGUCAUGAGCCCUUAUCCCUUUCAGCCCAUUCCUCUAAAAUGCCUGUGCCUUUUGGGGCUCUGUGCUAGUUUCAGGCGCAGGAGUUUGCUUUGCUCUUAACUUUUUUUUCCAAUUCUGUAAGGCUUUUCCCUUUUUAUCCGUGUUGAUUGUUUGAGACCAAAUUCAGUAUGAACAAGAGAGGGAAAUAUACAACUUUGAACUUGGAGGAGAAAAUGAAGGUUCUAAGUAGGAUCGAAGCUGGGGGAUCUCUUAAAAGUGUCAUGGAUGAAUUUGGAAUCAGUAAAUCAACGUUUUAUGACAUUAAAAAGAACAAGAAGUUGAUUUUGGACUUUGUGCUGAAGCAGGACAUGCCAUUAGUAGGGGCUGAGAAGAGAAAGAGGACCACCGGAGCCAAAUACGGCGACGUGGAUGAUGCCGUCUACAUGUGGUACCAACAGAAACGCUCGGCUGGUGUCCCUGUCAGAGGCGUGGAACUUCAGGCUGCUGCAGAGAGAUUCGCGCAGUGUUUUGGGAGAACAGACUUCAAAGCCAGCACUGGUUGGCUUUUUAGAUUUCGAAACAGGCAUGCAAUUGGGAACCGAAAAGCAUGUGGGGAACAAGUCCUAAAUUCAGCUUCAGAAAAUGUUGAGCCAUUUCGACAAAAUCUGUCCAUGCUUAUCAAAGAGGAGAAACUGUGCCUUGCUCAGCUGUACAGUGGGGAUGAGACUGACCUCUUUUGGAAGUCAGUGCCAGAAAAUACUCAGGCAAGCAGAAAAGAUAUCUGCCUGCCCGGGAGGAAAAUAAACAAAGAACGGUUGUCUGCGCUUUUAUGUGCAAAUGCAGAUGGAACUCAUAAGUUAAAGUCAGUUAUUAUUGGAAAAUCAAAGCUGCCUAAAAGUGUAAAAGAGGACACAUGUUCAUUACCUGUGAUAUACAAACCUAGUAAAGAUGUUUGGUUCACCAGAGAAUUAUUUUCAGAAUGGUUUUUUCAAAACUUUGUUCCUGAGGUCAAGCACUUUCAACUUAAUGUUCUAAGAUUCCAUGAGGAGGACGUCAGGGCGCUGUUACUUCUGGACAGUUCCCCAGUUCACCCUUCCGCUGAAUCACUAACCAGUGAGGAUGGUCGAAUAAAAUGCAUGUUCUUUCCCAAUAACACUUCAAGCUUGAUUCAACCAAUGAAUCAGGGUGUGAUCUUGAGCUGCAAACGACUCUACAGGUGGAAGCAACUUGAGGAGAGUCUUGUAAUUUUUGAAGACAGUGAUGAUGAGCAAGAGAAGGGAGAAAAGGGAGUUUCCAAGAUUAAAAUCUACAACAUCAAGAGUGCAGUUUUCAACUGGGGGAAGAGUUGGGAUGAAGUAAAACAAAUAACCAUAGCAAGUGCAUGGGAAAACCUUCUUUAUAAAAAGGAACCUGAAUAUGAGCUUCAAGGAUUAGAAGAUGGAGAUUAUAGAGAGAUUCUUGAGAAAUGUGAGGAGUUGGAACCCAAGCUGCAUGAGAACAGGGUGUGGUUAACUGGGGAUGAAGAAGAAGAGGGUAGUGCCCCCAAAACAAAAGGAGGAAGUACAAAGGAAGUUGUUCAGAAAGGUGGCACUGAGGAGCAGACUGCGGAACUUAAGUUAUCUGCUGUGAGAAAGAGUGUGGACGACCUUCUGGACUUUGUUGAUGCCACACCUGAGUUUCAGAGGUUCCAUUUUACACUGAAAGAGAUGCAACAAGAAAUAAUCAAGAAACAGUUCCAGAGUAGAAUCCAUUCUAGAAUUGGUUGCUUUUUGAAACCUAGACCUCAUAAUAUUAAGGAUUCCUUCAAUAUGCCUUCAACUUCUGGUUCUAGCACCUAGCUUUUGUGUUUAAAGGUCUCUGAAGUUAUGUGAUGAUAUAUGAAUUAGACCCUGUUGUGAAUUGUCAUUGUUUUUAUCAGCUGACCUCACUUUGCAUAUCAAUGCCAAUUUAUAUUGUUUAUAAA